CAGCGCAUCAGGACAAAGUUCACCAAACAAUGGGAAACACGCAAGACUGUUCGAUUUGUUUAGACCGGAUCAAAGAUAGGAAGACUUUGAAAUGUCGCCAUUCCUUCUGCUCACAGUGUAUCGACUCCGUGUUCAGGUUAAAGCCAGCCUGCCCCAUAUGCAACACCUUCCACGGGCUGUACACCGGGACCCAGCCGGACGGCACCAUGUCCGUGACGCGCAGCUUUCAGUCUCUUCCCGGGUAUGAACACUGCGGCUCCAUCGCGAUUGACUACGUGUUCGCCUCGGGAAUACAAGGGCCUGAGCACCCUAAUCCUGGAAGGCAAUACAGAGGCACAGCCCGGACAGCCUAUCUACCAGACUGCCCAGAGGGACAAAAAGUCCUAAAAAUGCUCAAAAAAGCCUUUGAUCAAAGACUGGUCUUUACCAUUGGUCAAUCUGCCACCACUGGACUCAACAAUGUCAUCACCUGGAACGACAUUCACCAUAAGACCAGCAUGAGAGGAGGGCCUGAGUGCUUUGGGUAUCCUGAUCCUGGUUACCUCUCAAGGGUUCAGGAAGAGCUUCGGCUAAAAGGAAUCACAGACGAAGACUGAUCUGCAAAAAAUGCUCUUAACAAAACUUAUCUCCAUUAUUGCUCAGCUUGUAUUGUUAUUGUAUUAUUGUUCCAGAAGUCCAUGACUGUAAGUUUAGUCCUAUUUAAUCAUCCAUUCCACUGUUACUCUUUUUUGUAUUUUUUGGUGUGUUUCUUUUGAGGAAAUAUUGUUUUUUGAAAUGUCAUUAUCAGUGAUGUUGGCCUACCUCUGAAAGGAAGCGGUUUUACAUGACCUCAUUUUGGAGACUGAAAUCUCAGGGCAGGUGUCUUCACAAGCCUCUUAUGCAAUGCAUAUCGUUCUAAUUAAAUCAUAUACAUUCCACUGAUGCAUGAUACGUCCUCACUUUUUCAGCCUACUUCAUUUUAGGUAGGCUAACAUAGGCUAUGUGCAAUUUGCAGUCUAU